CGGUUCCGAGAGGGCCUCGCCACUCCUCUUGCAGUCCGCAGCUCUCAGGCCAGCGCCACUCCAGCCGUCCGCCUCGCCAUGACUUCCUACAGCUACCGCCAGUCCUCGGCCACCUCGACCUUCGGGGGCAUGGGCAGCGGCUCCGUGCGCUUUGGGGCAGGGGGCGCCUUCCGUGCGCCCAGCAUCCACGGGGGCUCAGGUGGCCGCGGCGUGUCGGUGUCCUCCGCCCGCUUCGUGUCCUCGUCCUCCGGGGGCUAUGGAGGAAGCUACGGGGGUGGGUAUGGUGGGGUCCAGGCCGUGUCCGACGGGCUGCUGGCGGGCAACGAGAAGAUCACUAUGCAGAACCUCAACGACCGCCUGGCCUCCUACCUGGACAAGGUGCGCGCCCUGGAGCAGGCCAAUGGCGAGCUGGAGGUGAAGAUCCGUGACUGGUACCAGAAGCAGGGGCCCGGGCCCUCCCGCGAUUACAGCCACUACUUUAAGACUAUCGAGGAUUUGCGCGACAAGAUUCAAGGCGCCACCAUUGAGAACUCCAGGAUUGUCCUGCAGAUUGACAAUGCCCGUCUUGCUGCAGAUGACUUCCGAACCAAGUUUGAGACAGAGCAGGCCCUGCGUCUGAGUGUGGAGGCUGACAUCAAUGGCCUGCGAAGGGUGCUGGAUGAACUGACUCUGUCCAGGACUGAUCUGGAGAUGCAGAUCGAAGGCCUGAAGGAGGAACUGGCCUACCUGAAGAAGAAUCAUGAAGAGGAAAUCAGUGCCCUGAGGAGUCAGGUGGGUGGCCAGGUGAGCGUGGAGGUGGAUUCUGCUCCAGGCACCGACCUAGCCAAGAUCCUAAGUGACAUGAGAAGCCAAUAUGAGGUCAUGGCGGAGAAGAACCGGAAGGAUGCUGAGGCCUGGUUCAUCACCCAGACUGAGGAGCUGAACCGGGAGGUUGCUGGCCACACUGAACAGCUCAAGAUGAGCAAGACGGAGAUCACUGAUCUUCGACGUACCCUUCAGAGUCUUGAGAUUGAACUGCAGUCCCAGCUCAGCAUGAAAGCAGCCCUGGAAGGUACACUGGCAGAGACCGAGGCCCGCUAUGGAGCCCAGCUGGCUCAAAUCCAGGGCGUGAUCAGCAGCAUUGAAGCCCAGCUGAGUGAUGUGCGUGCUGACACUGAGCGGCAGAACCAGGAGUACCAGCAGCUCAUGGACAUCAAGUCUCGGCUGGAGCAGGAGAUUGCCACCUACCGCAACUUGCUUGAGGGCCAGGAAGCCCACUAUAACAACCUGCCUACCCCCAAGGCCAUGUGAGCUGGCAGGAUCCUGGGCUCCUGCCCUGCUGCCAGUGAGACUCCCUUGGGAGAGGGGUAGAACUGGGAGUGAUACCCUUACCCCGGCUUCCCCUUGACUUGCCAAUAAAAUUUUAUCCGCUGGGGGAAGAAA